AUGUCCUCCAAUAUCACGUGCCUUUGUAGAAGCGUUUUACCAUUUCGCUUCGUUACCCGUCAAGUCUUAUUCCUUCAGCCACCAAAAUUUGCGUUGAGAAACUCAAGACCUGACCUGUUUCAAUCAUCUUUUUCGAGAACUUUUACAAAUCCUGCUCCUAAUGAGUCUGAAAAAUCGAAGUCUGCCUCCCUCGCCUGGAAGAAAUGGAUUCUGGUACAAAACUACUUAGGUUCCAUCAAUUGGAAGGACCGGAUCAACUGGAAAGGCCUGUGGAGACUUGUGUUGGGUAGCGGUGCGCUCGUUUUUGCGGGGGACCUUAUUUACCUUGGGUGGGUGACCCAAUCUAAUGAGCGACGCGUCAACAAAACCCUGGAAAAAGGUACUCAACCGGAGACGGAAGUGUCGAAUGAUGAGUUUAUUCCUCGGCCUGAAGUCGUAGAACAUCUUAAGAACCUUUUUCAACCAGAUAAAAAUCAUUCAUAUUACCAUGUUAUUUGUGGUGAAUACGGAACCGGGAAGACAACAUUGACUGCGAAGGAGGCAAGAGAAAUUGGGAAAGGCGUCAUAUAUGUUGAUGUUCCUGCAAAUAUUAACAAACUGGGCGAGGAGUUUGGAAAAGCUCUCAAUUUCACAUUUGAUGAAGAUGCCAUGCUCACAUUACGACUGAAGCGGAAAUUUUUUGGCGAUUCUAAGGAUGAAUUAGGAAAUUCAAAGUGGGAAAGAGCUAUGGAUGCCUUUAAGCGCGCUUCUGAAGUGUAUAAAGCGAAGCAUGGCAAACCUCCGGUCAUUAUUUACGACAACGUUAGCCGAUUGGUUAACAAAAAUCCGGAAAUCCUCGAUAUUCUCCAAGAUGACGCCAAGGAUAAUGCCGAUCGCAGAAAAUAUAUCGUUGUAUUUGUUAGCAAUGAAGGUUCGGUGCCUAGAAGAAUGGAAUCUCGCAGUGCUUGGUCACGUGCAAAAAAACCU